AUGUUAAAUCGUGGCUUCAAUCCUACUCUUCACCCAGCGGGCUACGACCACGUCCAUAUCCCCGCUGACUUCGACUCACAAAAGCCUCUAAAACGAUGGUUCAUUCUUGAUUUGGAUGUCGUUCAAACACUUAACCAGGAAGAUGUGCUCCAACUUCCUCACCAGGUGUACCUUGCGAGUCUGCAGAAUGGCAAAUCAGCCUUCAUUCUACGCAAACAAUGGGCUGAAAAAGCAAAGGACAGAGCUGUUUCGUAUACUUGGGGUGGUAAACAGGAGCAAAGGAUUGUUGAAAGUAUACGGAAGGAGAUCCAUGAUGAGACGGAAUAA